AUGGCGGCUAGGGACCGCUUCGGUACCUAUGCUGAGCCGGGACUAUCACCGCUGCAGCGGGCCAUCCGAAAUGCAUGCGAUCCCCAGAACUACGAACCGAACCUGGCCUUGAACCUCGAAGUCGCGGACCUAAUCAACUCCAAGAAAGGCAAUGCUCCUCGAGAAGCAGCCGUCGAGAUCGUCCAUCUGAUCAAUUCUCGUAACCAGAAUGUCGCGUUAUUGGCGUUGGCGCUCCUCGACAUUUGCGUCAAGAAUUGCGGAUACCCCUUCCAACUUCAAAUCAGCACCAAAGAAUUUCUGAAUGAAUUGGUUCGUCGUUUCCCCGAGCGGCCGCCCAUGCGAGCUUCGCGAGUCCAGCACCGCAUUUUGGAGUCGAUCGAAGAGUGGCGGCAGACCAUUUGCCAAACAUCGCGCUAUAAGGAGGAUCUGGGAUACAUUCGUGAUAUGCACCGAUUGCUACUCUACAAGGGCUACGCGUUCCCGGAGGUCCGCCGUGAGGAUGCGGCUGUUCUCAACCCCAGUGACAACCUGCGCUCGGCAGAAGAAAUGGAGGAGGAAGAGAAGGAGGCGCAGUCUGCAAAGCUGCAGGAGUUGAUUCGAAGAGGCACUCCCGCUGAUCUGCAGGAAGCCAACCGGCUCAUGAAGGUUAUGGCGGGCUUCGACAACCGACACAAGACCGACUACCGGGCAAAGGCGGCGGAAGAAGUGUCCAAAGUACAACAGAAAGCUAAGAUUCUGGAGGAAAUGUUGCAGAGUCAGCAGCCUGGCGCGGGCAUGCCUGAAGGCGAUGUCUUCGAGGAACUCGCUGCCGCCCUUCAAAGCGCCCACCCGAAGAUUCAGAAGAUGUGCGAGGAAGAGUCGGAUGAUCCUGAAGCUGUCCACAAACUACUCGAGAUCAAUGAUAGCAUACACCGCACCAUUGAGCGGUACAAGCUUGUCAAGAAGGGCGACCUGGAUGCGGCGUCUAGAAUUCCCAAGGGUACAUUGGGUACGACGACUGGAGUUUCCACGAAUGCCAACAAUGAGCUUUCGUUGAUCGACUUCGACCCCGAGGAGCCGAGCCCCAACGGUAACGGUGAGGCAUCGGCGCAAGGUGGAAAUGCCUUGGAGGAUGACUUGCUCGGGCUCUCUCUUGGCAACCAGGAACCUGCUUCUGGCGGCGGGAUCUCGCUGGGCGGCUCUAGUAUGGGCUUCCCUCCAGUCUCUUCAGGGCCGUCUCCGCUUGCGGCAUCCCCUCAGCCUGCCCAACAGGCUGCCGCGGGAUUCAAGCCCAAUUACGAUAUCCUUGCAUCCUUCAAUACGUCUCGUCCUGCUUCUCAGUCUUCCACGCCCGUGCCGGGAGCAUCGCCUCAGGCCCGCACCACGGCCACCCCGCCGCAGCCAGCGGAUCCAUUUGCAUCACUGAUGUCUGCUAGUCCCCGACCUGGAGGCAGUCCCUUCCAAGCCCAAUCCGCAGCAGCCUCAUCGUCCUUGUUGGACCUGAUGGGCGACACGGCCACUCCGCAGCAGGCUGCUGGAAAGGCACCCGCCGCUGAGGAUGACGAUUGGAACUUUGCAUCAUCGCUCCCUCAAAGCAAUGCCCUGCCCAUGAUGAACAAAUUUCAGGUAUUGAACUCGCAGUUGCGCGUUGACUUUGCCGCUCGUCGGGUGCAGACUGCAUCCCGCCAAAUCUAUAUUCAGGCCGUCUUUUCCAACAUGACUAGCCAGUCGAUCAGUGAUUUACACUUCCAGGUUGCUGUAGAAAAGUCAUACACCCUGCAGCUCCGUCCACAAUCAGGACGAGACAUCGCUCCGCAGCAGCAGAACGGUGUGCAUCAGGAUAUGGCCCUGGACGGCAUUGACUUGGGCAAGGGCAACUCGGUGAAAAUUCGGUUCAAGGUGUCCUACAAGCUUGGAGCCGAGGCCCGCGAGGAACAGGGCAUGGUACCACCCCUGGGAAUCGCCUAA